AUGGGUUCCGUCGCUCCCAACAUCGCUGAGCUCGAUGCCUCCAAGUUCAACAUCACUCGCUCUACCAACCUGCGCGAUGUGCCAUUGCCUGGCUCCCCCGAGGAGCUGAGCCACUCCCACUGCACUGAUCACAUGGUAACCGUGAGAUGGACCGACGUCAAUGGUUGGGAAACCCCCGAGAUCAGGCCUUACGGGAACCUCAGCCUCCCCCCGACAGCAUCGGCCCUGCACUACGCUACCGAGUGCUUUGAGGGUAUGAAGGUGUACCGCGGAUACGAUGGCAAGCUGCGUCUGUUCCGUCCGGACUUGAACGGCCAGCGUCUGAACAACAGCUCGCAGCGCUGUUCAUUGCCCGGAUUCAAGUACGACGAGGUAAAGAAGCUUGUCGCUAAGCUACUGCAGAUUGAUGGUCCUCGCUGGCUCCCUGAACCCGGUUCCUUCCUCUAUAUCCGUCCCACAGUGAUCGGUAGCGGUCCCCACCUGGGCAUCCAGGUGCCCAAGGAAGCCCUCCUCUUCAUCAUUGCCGUUCCCUGGCCCGACUUCACCAAGAUCAAGAAGAACCCCCAAGCCGAGCGCCCCAAGGGCCUGAAGCUCUACGCUUCUUCACCCGAUUCCAUCCGCGCCUGGCCCGGCGGUUUCGGAUAUGCCAAGUUGGGUGCAAACUACGGCCCUUCCCUGCAGGCCCACGGCAAGGCCCAGGCUCUCGGCUUUGACCAGGUCCUCUGGCUGUACGGACAGGACCGUCAGGUCACCGAGGCUGGCGCAAGCAACUUCUUCAUCGUAUGGCACAACGCUGCAGGCAAGCUGGAGCUUGUCACUGCUCCCCUCGAUAACGAGCUGAUUCUGCCCGGUGUCACUCGCCGCAGUGUUCUGGAGCUCGUGCGCGAGCGCUUGUCGGAGAAUUUCGUUGGAAAGCUUGCGCCUCUUCAGGCUGUUGAGCGCACUUUGACCAUUGGUGAGAUUGAGCAGGCUUCCAAGGAGGGCCGUAUUGUUGAGGCCUUUGUUUCUGGCACUGCUUACUUUAUCACGCCCGUUGCUAUGAUCCGCAACGAGGAGACUGAUAUUAGCACCUUGGGUGCUAAUGGCGAGCCUGCUGGAUAUGCCUCGCAAAUCAAGUCCUGGCUCGAGGCCAUCAUGUACGGCAAGGAACAGCACGACUGGGCCUACACCAUCGAGGAGGAGAAGCAAUAG